GUGUAAACCUUCAUUACGUCAAGGUGGGACUAAGUAGGAGAGUAAGAGGGGCCUAGUGUAGUACUAGGGGGUAUAUUCUUCGCAUCUAGAGCAGCCGCGUUGCAAUGAAUACGGGCGCAACUCGAGAAUAAGAGGUUUCAGGCCCCUCGGGACCUCUGCGCGGACUUUGGAGAAGCGUGCGUUGCAGGAAGUGGGCGGUUUCGAGGCAACGUCGGCUGAAAAACCCUUCGAUGCCACUUAUUGCUGCCGUUCGGGCCACCGCAGUGUCGGAAAUCAUCGACUAUGACCCCGCGCCGGCCGCCGGGCCCGUGGUUUCUCGCACAAGCGCUCUCGAAGCUCUCAAUUUGUCCCACGUCGACCUCGAUGCGGCCGCCGCGGUGCGAUGAUUUCCAGCGUUUUGAGCGGGCGAAGUCGUCCGCGGGGCUCGGGGCACACCCACCGUACUGCACGGACCGGUUUUGUGGUGGGCGGGUGCCCGCAUCGCGUCGGAGAGCUGCCGCGCUCUUUUGUGGCGUACCGCCUCGGUUGACCCCUUGGGCGGUCAGAAAUAGCUUGGGGCACACGAGGCCAAAAAUGUCUCGUUUAAUCGAG